AUUCUAUGUUCUCUAUGGUAUAUUAUUCAGCUUUGGAGGAAAGUAGCUUUCUAAAGAUUUUCCUUCGUUAUUACGUACGCGUAUUGGUUUAUUUAUAUUAUUUGAGUUUUAGUUUACGUAUCAGAAAUAGUUAUAUAUUGUGUGUGUUGUGAAAUAUAAAAACUAUUAGUUCCUGUGAACUGUUGGAAAAGGGUAAUUAAUUUAGAAAGCAACAUGGAAGCGCUGACAGUUCCGCCAUGAAUGCAAAAUAAAUAGAAAUUGUGAAGAAGCUGGACGUCACUUGAACAGGUCAGAAACUUCACGAUGUUGAGAGGUGGGCGUGGAGGCCGUCACAGUCCGGAGCUGUACCCCCACACGCUGAAGUGCUCCAACGCCAGUGACACCAGUUCUGCUUACAGUGGAAGUGACACAAUGACCUCAGUACAUAGCUCUCUGGACAUGGAUAUGGAGGUGGAUCUUUCUGGUCUCCUUGAGUCUAUUGUUGACUCUGAUGAGGAAGAAGAUUUGGAAGAAAGUAUGGACAGCUUGACAGUCCGAGAUGCAGUUCGAGAAUGUCUUGAAAAGGAUCCAAGUGAACGAACGGAUGAAGAUAUAGAAAUACUUUUGGAAUUUACUCAACAUUUGAAAGCAUUCACUAACAUGACUUUAACAGUGCGUCGGGCUCUGUGUGCUGUCAUGGUAUUUGCUGUGGUUGAAAAAGCUGGAACAGUGGUCAUGAAUGAUGGAGAGGAACACGACUCAUGGUCUGUCCUCAUCAAUGGCCAUGUUAGUAUUGAACACCAGAGUGGUGAAGUGGAGCACUUGAAUGUUGGUGAUAGCUUUGGAAUGGCUGAAGCUACACUUGAGAAAUUGUAUCAUAAAGGUGUAAUGACUACAAAAUGUGAUGACUGUCAGUUUGUUUGCAUUACUCAAACUGACUAUUAUCGAAUACUACACCAAGGUGAAGAAAAUAUCAGAAGACAUGAAAAUGAAAAUGGUGUAGUAGUAUUGGUUACUGAAUAUAGAGGUGUAGCUGGAGAGUCAGGACGACAACAGGGCCAUGUUGUUAUUCGUGGAACUCCAGAACAAUUGAUGCUGCAGCUCAUUGAGGAUAACUCACGAGAUUCUACAUAUGUUGAAGAUUUCCUUUUGACACACAGAACAUUCAUUGAGAGUCCUUUAGUUGUAGCAAAACAACUAUUAGCUUGGUUCUCUGAGCCGACAGUACGAGACAAAGUUACCCGUGUUGUGUUGCUUUGGGUCAACAAUCAUUUUACUGAUUUUGAAACUGAUUCAACUAUGAUGGAGUUUCUUGAAAACUUUGAGAUUGCAUUGGAACAUGAAAAGAUGGAGAGUCAAUUAAGGCUGCUAAACAUAGCUUGUUCUGCUAAAGCUAGAACAAGGAGUGUUACAUUAUCUCGUCCAACAAGAGAUGAGCCAUUGAACUUCACAAUAUUUGGUGGAUAUGAGAGAGGUUAUGGAAUAUUUAUAUUUAAAGUGGAAAAGCAUUCAAAGGCUGAAGAUGUUGGAUUAAAAAGAGGUGAUCAAGUAUUAGAAGUAAAUGGACAAUCUUUUCAGCAUGUGAGCCAUGCUAAAGCAAUGGAAAUAAUUACUGGGUCAACACAUUUAAGCAUCACAGUAAAAAGUAAUUUGUUAGCUUUCAAGCAAAUUUUAUUAAAGCCAGAAAAUUCACCAAGGCAGAGAGGGGGUUCCAAUAGAGUUCAUUGGCACACUGACCCUAGGGCCAGGCUAUCAACUGCAGAGCUACUCAAUGAUGAUCCCAUUACAUUAACACCAGUAUUUCAAUCUCCCACCAAAAAACCUCAGCAGCUGAGCAUUAAGAAAGAACCUCAGAAAGGUUUCAUGACAUUGGGACCUAAAAGAAAAUUUCAAAAAGCUUUAAUGAAAAUUCUUCCUAAAACUACAAUUAUUGAUGGCUUACCCACUGAUGACAGUAUUCUUUCAAACUCGGAGUCUUUAAACAAAGCCAAUACUAGUACUUCUUUCUAUAACUCCCAUAGUAAUCCUGAUUUAAUAUCAAUAUGUUAUGAUGAAUAUCAAUCGUCUGACUAUCCAGAGCAUGUACUCAAGGUAUAUAAAGCUGACCAAACUUGCAAAUAUUUGCUAGUGCAUAAAGAGACUACAGCAAGAGAAGUUGUUAUGUUGACUUUGCAAGAAUUUGGUAUCACUGAUCCUAGCUCCAAAUAUUCACUGUGUGAAGUGUCUGUUGCCCAAGGUGGUAUUAUAAAACAACAUCGUUUACCAGAUCAGUUGCAGAAUCUUGCAGAAAGAAUUGGUCUAAGUUCUAGGUAUUAUCUAAAAACUAAUGGAAUAUCUGAGAACUUAGUACCUGAUGACAUGGCACCAGAACUUUUAAGGGAAAGUGUUGUUCACUUUCUACAAUUAAAUGCUGUUGAAGUUGCAGUGCAACUAACAUUACAAGAUUUUUGUAUUUUUCGCCAAAUUGAGAGUACCGAGUAUGUUGAUGAUCUAUUCGAAUUGAAAAGUAGGUAUGGCACGCCUAUGUUGUCACAAUUUGCGGAACUUGUCAAUAAAGAAAUGUUUUGGGUUGUCACUGAAGUUGUUAAUGAACAGACACUUGCGCGUCGACAAAAAAUAAUUAAACAGUUUAUUAAAGUUGCACGUCAUUGUAAAGAGUGCAAAAACUUUAAUUCUAUGUUCGCAAUAAUAUCGGGUUUGGGUCACGGUGCAGUGUCCAGAUUAAGGAUGACUUGGGAGAAACUACCAACGAAGUAUUUAAAAUUAUUUAAUGAUCUGCAAAUGCUAAUGGAUCCUUCAAGGAAUAUGUCGAAGUAUCGACAGUUGGUUACUACUGAGCAGGGCAGAUCGCCUGUUAUUCCAUUUUAUCCAGUGGUUAAAAAAGAUCUUACCUUUAUACAUUUGGGAAAUGACACAAAAGUUGAAGGUAUGGUUAAUUUUGAAAAACUGCGAAUGAUUGCUAAAGAAGUUCGCACACUCACGAACAUGUGUAGUGCUCCAUAUGACCUCCUUACGUUACUCGAGUUAGGUAAGCAGCCACCCUCAAAUGCCAUGGUUGCAUUGAAUCAACUUACUACUGGAAGUGUACAACAAGGUCAAGUUACUGUGAAAAGAAGGAAAAAGUCUUCGAAUGUACCAAAUCCGAAAAAGAUGUUUGAAGAAGCGCAAAUGGUUCGACGUGUAAAAGCGUAUCUAAAUAGAAUGCAUGUUGAAACUGAUGAAGAAAGACUUCACGCAUUGUCUUUGGAAUGCGAAGGAGCAGGGCCAGCCCCGGCCAUCCCACGACGACGACAUCCAUCACCGUCUUUGUCAACGACUAGCAGUGCUUCAUCAGCUAGUGAGAGCAAAAAGAGCUUUGCUGGUAAUAAGUUUGGUACUGCAUCACCACAGGCAGUGAGAAAGCUCUUGGCUUUAUCAGAACCAGCCAAGACACGACCACAUCAACCUCGGCCGCCACCACCUGGACCUUCGCCUUGUUCACAUCGACGCGAUGGUCCUGGUCCUGGUAUUUGUUGUCCACGGACAGCUCAUGAGAGAUCCCACUCUGAUACCCCUACGCCACUACCAGUCGACCUAUCGGCUGAAAGUAGUAGUGUUACAUCAUUAGUUAACUUGCCACUACGAAAAACUGGGUCUGCGACUUCGAGCGACAGUGGGCACGGCUCGUGUACCGCAGCGAGUUGCGCACGGCCCGUACCGCCUCCGCGCAUGCCGCAGGCUCCAUAUAACUUGGCUGCUCAAGUGGCACGCCUCGAGCGACUCAGUAGGGCGCAUUCUCACGAAGGCGUCACACGCCCUUAUGAUUAUUAUGCGCCUGAUGAUGACGAUGACGAUCAACAAGUAUCAGCUGUUUAAACAUGCGAUACUUGUUGAUCGUCAUCGUCAUAGGGUUAAACAUUUUAAUACUCUAACUCAAUGUCUAUUUAUAUAGUUCCCUCAUUCCCUAUUUUGUAAUCUCACAUAAUAAAUAGAAAGCACGAGUUAUGUGAAAACGUUUAAUAUAUUAUUAAAAUCAUGUAUGUACCCUUUACAACUAAGUCUAAAGACUGUAUAAUUAUUUUAAGAAAUGUGCUAGUGUUAUGUAAAAUUCCAUAUUAUAAGAUCCUAAUUAUUAAUUACAAUCAUUUGACCCACCAGUUUCCAGUUUUAUCUAGAGAAGUGUGAUGUAUACCAAUACUAGGUGUACUAUUUAUUAUAAUGUUGGUAUAUCUACAUUCCGUUAUUUGUAUAUUAUUAAAAUAAUAGUUUUCUUUAUUUAUA